CAUGCCAACAACUCCACGUCUCCUCCUCACUCUACCACCCACUCUACACAGACACAGAUACUGGUAUGGAACCAAAAUUCGGCGGCGCUACCCGGUCCCGCCACCGCCGGUACAUGUACCACCACGGUAGGUCACCCUCCGCUGACAGAUUCAUCGGAAUAUUCCAAUCGCCGAUCACCACAUCCUCUACACCCUCGUUCGAGCUUACCGAACAUGAAAUCUUCGAGAUCCCCUCUGAAUCCUCCUCCCCGAGUUCGGUUCCGAGCCCUAAAUCGAACUAUCAAGUUCAUAAUCAUAGUAAAUUUGGCAUCUUAGAAGCGCUAACUGGUGGAAGUGGCGAUUUCAAAACACGACCCAGCAGUGAAACCGGAGCGGUUUUCAACCACAAGGCAUCCACCUCCGCGUCACUCGCCUCCUCGACAUCUUCUUCUCCUUCCUCUUCAUCUUCGUCUCGAAUUAUGAUCCCCUCACUUCCGAAAAGGCCCACGAACGUGGCGGAUAAGAUGGGAUUUUAUCAUCAAUCAGCACCGGUGAAUGUUCCAAUACUGCCGGCGGCAAUGCAGAGGAGACGAAAUGAGUUUUUCAAUGUGGUUGAUGACGUUGAGGAGGAGGGAAAGGGGGAGGUUGUUCCGCCACACGAGAUGGUGGCAGCCACGCAUUCGCCCAUAUUGGCUUGCUCGGUCCUCGAGGGUGCUGGUCGGACACUGAAAGGACGAGAUCUGAGGCAGGUGCGCAGUGCUGUUUGGCGAAAGACAGGUACAGAUCCAUUUUAUUUUGCUGCUCCUGCUCCUGCUCCCUUUUAUGCUUAAAGAGUGCAAAAGUUUCUAGCCAAAUGAACUUUUAAGAAGUUUUUGAGGUUCCAGCUCGAUAUAAACAGUCAUCAAGCAACAUUGAACUUCACAUAUAACUAGACUUUUGUACUUAGCUAGACUAGUGUAAUGGAAGGGAAGUCAGUCCAUGCUGGGGAUCAAACUUUAUUAGAGCUUGAUGCUAUACUUUCAAAAUAACAACCAUAUUACUUGCUAUCUACGGAGAUAUUUUCUCAUCAGGGCUUUCAUUCAUGUUACUGUCGACUAGACAUAGUGGUUUAUUGUUCUGCAACUGAGGAAACAAGCUUAU